UUGAGUUGUGAUUAUUCAGUCAAAAGGGAUCGUGAGAUGAAGCUCACAUCACCACGCAGUGAUCUGUACACUAUCAGAGCCAUCUUAACAACACUGUCAACAGCGGUGGGCUCUGUGUUUGUACUCACUGGACUCAUAUGCCUGUGCCGAUAUGCAUGCAAGAAAAGAACUAAACGUCAAGAAACUGCAGGAGAUACGAGUGCUUCUGAACCUGCAGAGGCCUACUCUCUGAUCACUUCUGUACCAGACACAGGUCUCAAGCAUCCACAGUCACACCAGGACAGCAAACCAGGUCCAUCAGAGCCUUACUCGCUCAUAACUUCAACCAUCCAGCCUUCAGAUGUUUUGGUUAAUACACAACAGAAGAAGGGACAUCCUGAGGAGAAUGAGAAGAAUGUUUAUCACGUGUACUGCACCGUCGCUGACAAACCAGGAAAAAGUGUUGCUGGAGAUCAGAUCUACAGUUUGGCUAAAUGAUUUUCACCUGCUGUUUUAUUAUAUUGUACAUUCAUUAUCCGUGUGUAUCCAUAGACAACAUGCUUUUGCUAAAUGUUCAGAUAAUAAAGAGUAUUUUUGUUGACAAACUAGUGCUCAGACUUCUUUGAACUUUGAUUAAGUAACGUUAGCC